AUGCCAGAAGACGCAGUCCAGGAGCUCAAAAGCAAACUUGAAAGUCUUGACAUUUCUGGAUACCAAAGAAUCGAAUUAUCACAAAUAUCAAAAGAUAUGAUUGGCAAAAAGAUCAUGACAUUCGGGUGGGUAGAAAGCGUUAGAUCACAAGCAACGAUCACUUUCUUCAAUCUUUAUGCACAGUACAAAACAAUCAAGUGUGUAUAUCUUGCAAAAGCACAUUUGACAACGUGUACAUCCGUAGAGAUAUAUGGAACUGUCUCUAAGAACCUUGGAAAGAACGAUGGAUACGAAUUUGAAAUCCAGGUUGAUGCACUUUCCAUAUACAACGAUUCAGUUGCACCAUCAUUCCCACUAAACGAGGAAUCAUGUACAAACUCAAUUCUUCACAAUGGACAUCUUGCACUACGUACAAAGAAGAGACGUUUUUUUCUGCAAGCAAGAAGCUAUCUGCUAAAGAUUAUAAGAGACUUCUACUUUGAAAGCAAGUACACAGAGAUAACACCACCAACAAUGGUGCAGACACAAGUAGAAGGAGGAAGCACUCUCUUCAAAUUGGAUUAUUACGGUGAAGAUGCAUUCUUGACACAGUCAUCACAGUUGUACCUGGAAACAGCAGUUCCUGUUGCACAUCGAGUUUAUUGCAUUAUGCCUUCGUACAGAGCUGAGAAAAGCAGAACAAGAAGACAUUUGAGUGAAUAUACGCAUGUUGAGGCUGAAUUAGCAGACAUAUGCUUUGAUGACCUGAUUGAAUCUAUUGAGAAACUGGUUUCGUACUCUAUGCGAAGAUUCUAUGAUGAGAUGAAAGAUGAUAUCUUGAGUGUGUUCCCAAAUUUCGAGUUCCAUAAGGUUCCUACACAGAAGUUCAAACGUAUCAGAUAUUCUGAAGCAAUAGAACUGUUAAAUGCUAAUGGAUACAAGAAGGAAGACGGAAGCGCCUUUGAGAAUGGAGACGAUAUUCCAGAUGCUGCAGAAAGGUAUUUGGUUGACCUUGUUGGAGAAGGAUGCCCAGUGUUCCUAACACACUUCCUUGUUGAGCACAAAUCAUUUUAUAUGAGAACUGAAGAAAGCAACGCUAAGCUAACCUUAAGCGCAGAUCUUUUAUUCCCAGGUGUCGGUGAGAUUCUCGGAGGAUCUAUGAGGAAGGAUUUAUAUGAAGAUCUUGUGAAAGGAUUCAACAGGGAAGGUAUUUCAGUUGACCCAUAUUAUUGGUACCUUGAUAUGGCAAGAUUCGGUCCUUGCAUGCAUGGAGGAUAUGGGCUUGGAUUUGAAAGAUUCAUGAUGGGUAUUAUGAAGUAUGAAAACGUUGAUGAGUCAACUCUAUAUCCAAGAAAAACCUCAAGAUGUCAACCAUGA